AUGACCCCCGAAAAGCCGGGGGAAACUGAUGGAGAGCAGUGCGUUCAUCACGACCCCUGGCCUACGCUGGUCGACGGCCAGCACUGGGAUGGCACCGGCCUUCUCACCCGCGUCCACCAGCAGCAGAGCCCCUUUGGCAGUCACUUCAACGUCAAGGCGCUCAUCCACGAGAUCGAGCAGGCCCUCGGCGCGACCAUCGAGGACGUCCCGCUCGUCACCCACGGCGCCAACCACUUUGGCUUCUGCGUCCGCCUCCAUGAUCAGCGCAUCAUCGUGGCGCGUGUCUCGCGCGGUGACCUGAACAAGACUGGCUUCGACGCGCAUGCCAUGGUCGAGCAGAUGAUGCAUGACCGUUUCGAACUCGACGCGUACGAUGCCUUGUCGGUCCUGGGGUACCCCUUUGACUGCCGUCCUCUGCAUCAUCGGGACCCUAUUCGCGCGGGAAGCGAUUUCUAUCAGACAAAUCAAGGUCGACGACUGUUCCUAUUCCAGAAGGCCGGCGGCUUCACGUACGACUACCCAAGAUGGAGAAUCUUAAACACCCGUCAGAAGGUGUGGGAACGGAGCCUUGGGGAGCCCAUUGAAGACUGCCCGAUCUCCGUCCAGCCGAGUCGCGAAUUCUGCAUCGCUCUCUUGACGGCCAAGAUUGAGGCCACUCUGGGCCACCGCGGCCGAGAUAUCGAUCUGGACAAGGGGUUUCACGCACACAAACCUGAACUGGAGGCGGCGCGAGAGGCGCUCCUCCGCUUGGUCCCCCGCGUUCUGCCCCGGUCGACGACGCGGCUGUCGGAGGAGAAGCUGUACCGCUUCGUGCUCGACCACGGUGAUUUCGGCGUGCACAACAUGACCAUUGACAAGGACGACACGGGUCAGCCGUACGUCACAUCGGUGUACGAUUGGGAGGGCGGCAGCGUCGUGCCCGCCAUCUUGUCGGAGCCCAAGAUGGUGACCACCGUCGACCUUGUCAUUGACGGAAGAGGCAAGCCCUCCAUCAGCCGCUGGGGCGACGGUGACACGCCCGACAAGAUGGCCCAGUAUAGAAGGUGGACCAAGCACUACUACAAGGUUUGUACAGUCCUUGAGUCACUCUUCAAGGCUAAUUUUCUACUCAAGGUCCUAUUCGCCGAAGCCCCUGACUACAAGCGCAUCAUCCAUGCUGGUCUCGAUGCACGCCGUAUCUGGUUCGGCUUGAGGGACGACCAGGCGGCCAGCCAUCCGGACGCACACUUCGCGCAGCUCGGGGACUGGGCGAGGAAGAGGAACCGCGAGCUCGAUCUGGAGUAUGACUGGGUGGGCAUGAUCUGCGGUCACUCUGUUCCCAAAGCUCGCAAUGCUGAGAAGACGUUGGUCUGAAUGUGUCCAAGCUGUCAGAUUGGGGAUGCAUCUAGACAUAUCCCAGCAUGUGAGCUUAGUGCUACAUAGCACUCUGAAGACAACCUUAUUAGAUCAUUGUAACAGAGCAUACAAUGUUCGACUCGUAUCGCAAAGCUAUGCUCACAGCUGGUCAAUCAUUAUCAAUCAUUAA